UGCGGGGUUGGUCAAAGAUCAAUUGGGAGGGGACAUUUAGCGAACCAAGUGCGUGAUCUUUUAAUGAAAUUCGGGGGGAGGGGAACAGUUUGUUUCAAAUGUCUGCUCCCAUGAAUAGGAAGCGAAGUUUGUCCCUGUUUAUCGUUUAUGAGCUACACAAUUACCAAAAAAAUAAUUUAUGUUAAAAACGUACCAGCUAUCAAUCCUACAACAUUGCGAAUAGCGCGUCAUCGAUAAUCAGAAACAUUUACUGCAGUAAAGAAAGCCAGGCAUGGCACAGUGGGAGAAGCUGAGGCAGCUGGAGUCUGUGUACCUGACACAGGUGGAUGAGCUGUAUGAUGGGGAUGCCUUCCCCAUGGAUGUACGCCACUACCUGGCACACUGGAUAGAGGGUCAAGACUGGGAUCGUGCAGCGCGGGACCAUGAUGUUGCCAUGUUGCUGUUCCAGGUGUUAUUAGAGAACCUGGAUAUCCAGCACAGCCGCUUCGUCCAGGGGGGAGAGUCCUUCCUGCUGCAGCACAACAUACGCCGUUUCAAACAAAGCUUCCAGAGGUACCAAGAGGAGCCUUAUAAUCUGGCCAACAUCAUCCAGUGGUUUCUGGCGAAAGAGAAGGAGAUCCUGCAGAACGCUGAGCUGAAUGAGCAGGUCCAGCUGCUGCAGGUCCAGCAGAGCCCCAUGGAGACAGACAGCCAGCGGAACAUUGAGCGCAAGAUGACAGACCUUAAGAAUAAAGUUCAGUGCAUGGAACACACAGUGAAAUGUCUGGAGGAACAACAAGAUGAGUUUGAUUUUAAAUACCAGACUCAUAACAUGGAAGGCACCACCAACGAGGCAGAGAAGAUUGCACAGAUGAAGGUGCUGCAGGCUCUACUCAACAGACUGGACGCCUCCAGGAAGAGCAUGUUGUCCGGUAUGGGUGUGCUGCUGGACGGUGUAGAGGAGCUGCUGUGUGUGCUUGUGAGGGAAGAGCUAGUGCAGUGGCAAAGGAGGCAGCAGAAGGCCUGCAUUGGAGCCCCAGACAGCACCUGCCUGGACCAGCUGGAGAAGUGGUUUACAACGGAGGCGGAGUGUCUGUUCCAGGUGCGUAAGUUCCUUAAGAAGCUGGAGGAGCUGAUGGGGAAGGUGACCUAUGACCAAGACCCUGUGAAGAAGCAGAAACCAGCGCUGCAGAAGAGGGUGGACAGCCUCCUCACCAGCCUGCUCAAAAGCGCCUUUGUGGUGGAGACUCAGCCCUCUAUGCCCCAAGGGAAAGUACCCUUGGUCCUGCGUACCAAUGUCCAGUUCUCAGUCAAGACCAGAUUCCUUGUCAAAUUUCCUGAGUUGAACCAUGCCAUGAAAGUGAACGUGUCUAUGGACAGGGAGGCUCCUUUGGUCAAAGGGUACCGUCGGUUCAAUGUCCUGGGGACCAACAGUAAGGCCCUGAACAUGGCUGAGAGUAUGAGUGGAGGCAUGGUGGCAGACUUCAGACAUCUGACACUGAAGGAGCAGAAAUCUGGAGGAGGGGGCAAGGGGAUCCAUGACCUCUCUCUCAGCGUCACAGAGGAGCUGCACAUCAUCAACUUUAACACAGAGUUCCUUCUGCACGACAUGUCAGUCUCCUUAGAGACAUCCUCUCUCCCUGUGGUCAUCAUCUCCAACUCCAGCCAGCAGCAGAGUGCCUGGGCUUCCAUCCUCUGGUUCAAUAUGCUCUGCCUCGAGCCAAAGAACCUUCUGUUCUUUGCCAACUGUCCCGCGGCUACGUGGCCCCAACUAGGGGAGAUGUUGAGCUGGCAGUUCCUCUCUUCCACCACGCGGGGUCUGGAAUCUAACCAGCUGGACAUGAUCGCACACAAACUCUUUGGAAAGCAGCAAAGUUACGACGCCUGCAACAUCUCAUGGACUAAGUUCAGCAAGGAAAAUGUUCCUAACACCAACUUCACUUUUUGGGUGUGGUUCGAUGGUAUCCUUUUUAUGGUGAAGAAUCACUUAGAGAACCUGUGGAAAGAUGGUUCUAUCAUGGGUUUUGUGAGUAAAGGCAAAGAGAAGACCCUCCUGAAGAAGAAACGGAGGGGUACAUUCCUCCUGCGCUUCAGUGAGAGCAUCAGAGAUGGAGGCAUCACCUUUUCCUGGGUGGACUACUCCCCCACCGGUGAGCCUGAUGUGCGAUCGGUGCAGCCCUUCACCAAAGUGGACCUUGGCCAGAUCCCCUUUCAUGAGAUCAUCAGAAACUUCCAGAUCCUGGAGGAGGAGAACGUCCCGGAAAACCCGCUCCUCUUCCUCUACCCUGACACGCCCAAAGUGGAGGCCUUCGGGAAGUACUACACAGAGAAGAGUGGAGCUGCUAGUCAAUACCUUGAGUACAUCAAAACUAAGUUGGUUUUCGUAUCUAAAGAGAACACACUGGAGGCUAAGUCACCUAUGUAUUCUGACAAAAUGGAAGGCGAAGGCUCAGGGCCAAUGAACCCAAGAUCUGGUCUGGGUGGAGAGGCCUUCGAGCCCUCCACCUUCCCUCUCUCGGGCCUAAUGGGGGACCCUCUUCCCCCAGAGAUGCCCCCGAGUCCUGACCCCAUGGUCUCUGUUGCCAUGGUAGGUCCCGAUGAGGACCUGAAUCCCACCCUCCAGGAGUUCCUCAAUGACCCCAACAUGUAUGAUUACGUUGACUUCCUGUCUGACGACACAACCUUCCUUGAGGGGGCUCUACCCGGACUCUCCUUCACUGCCCCUCUGCAGCCCUGUGAAUGACCACACUCACAACAAUACAAUGUCUAACCAAACUAUAUGACUUGCUACUGUGGAACCACUUACCCACAACUCCAAGACAACAGCCAUCCAUAUUUAACCAAACUCUGAGGAUACACAUUAGACCAUAACUUGGUUACAUAGUACAUUCUAUAGUCUACAAAUAUAGGCUACUUUCACCCUGCAGCUGUAACAUUAGAAAUGUUGCGUGGACCAUCUGCGCCCAUCAGGUAUAGCAUAAUACAAUUUUUCUAUGUAGGAAAUAUGUGUGUGUGUGUGUGUGUGUGUGUGUGUGUGUGUGUGUGUGUGUGUUGAGAGAUCUAGUAAGAUUUUUUUUGUUUGCAUUGUUGUGAAAUGACUGAUUUCCGACAAGGAAAAAAUGUGAAUCCCAUUUUUAAAAUAUUUGCAAUGCCUUCCACACAACUGUAGCUUUAAAAAAAAAAAAGACUCAUUUAGUGUUUUGAAAAGGUAAUGAAACGUUUGCACUUCUUCCUCUCUUCUCUGUUUGUCUUUUAAUAAUAAUCUCAAUGUUUUUGUCCAAAUACCAUAUUUGACACUGGAUAAAAGGUCUGGUUGAGCAAAAACAACUAAAAACUGAGACAUUGCAUGUCUGCUUACUAGGUAGAAAAGCCCAAAAGCAUUUUAUUAUACAUUAAUGUGAGAACGUGACUUUAUAUUACGUGGUACAUUACUUGUGUCUGACAGAGUUAAGAAUUCUAUUAGGCGUGACUUGAGACAUUAUCAACCAGCAUCCAACCCCAGGAUGGUAUGGAGGGACACAUUUUAAGGCGCUACUCCAAAGAGCUGGAGAAGAUGAGUGACUGAGUGAGAUCCAAGUCCUGGGUCCAGUCGGUUUCAUUUUAGGCCAUUUCAGACUGUACCACAUGAAUCAUCAUUUUUAUGGUUUCUGAUUGCUUUUAGAGUGUCGCAUUUCUGGUGAACACUUACCUUAUUUAUGAUAGAGGGAUAAGUCAAUAUAUACGCUGUGGGUGUACAGUGUUGUCGGGCAUAGCAUGGGCUGCAGAAUGUGAUCAUUAAUGAGUGACUUGGUAUGUACCACUAUUUACAGGUGAGGGAAUUAUCUUGAAGUGAAAUAACUACAGAAAGCCUGUUAUUUUAUACAAGCCGCAGCAGGGAUAUUGCAAACUUUACUCUGUUCGUUCAGGAUUCACAACUCCGGAAUACAGCGAGGAAAGAUCAACAUGCCAGGGUAGUGGGUUCAAUUCCCGGGACCACCCAUACGUAGAAUGUAUGCACACAUGACUGUAAGUCGCUUUGGAUAAAAGCGUCUGCUAAAUGGCAUAUAUUAUUAUUAUAUUAUGUAUUGGGAAUGGCAUCUAUCAUUUGUAUUUCUUGUUUUACAGAAUAGUCUGCAGAUAAUGAUAUAUCUGUGAUGAUAAAUGGGUUAAAAUAAACUGACUAUACAACCUG